CCCAGGCGGACGGACGAGUCCGAGGCGUCGGGCGAGUGCCUCUGCCUCGGCGAUGCGAGCCAGGAGGAGGAGGGACCAGAGGAGGGCCUGUCGCCCCGGGAACUCCGGGAGGUCUUGGCGGACCGAAAUCCUACAGGGUACUUUUCUUAUGAGAAAGGUGGGGUGGUAUCUUGGGGGAAUAUGGCCAUUGAGGUGGUGAUUGAGGAGGUGGUGCAUGAGGAGGCGGUGCAUGAGGAGGCGGUGCAUGAGGAGGCAGUGCAUGAGGCAGUGCAUGAGGAUAUCCACAUGCACCGCCUCAUGGACAUCCGCUUGACUUACUCCAGGAAUUCUCGUGGCACAAAAUUUGAAUACGGUUUCUCAAUGGAAUUCAAAGAUGAGGGGAUGAUCUCGUUUCGCUCACUGAAUACUCGGACACCAAUCAAAGGAGAUCCCUCAGGAUUUGGCGGAAUGGCAUCAACGGUGAAGUACGCGACUUACGUCCUCCUCGUCCUCACGUUCGCCUCCGUCGGAUGGAGCUGGUUCUUCGACUCCGUCUACCGGAAGGUCUACGAGCCCCAGCCGUACGACCAGCCCAAGCGGGGAUUCAAGUCCAACGCGCUGGCCACGGCGCGAGGCUUCGGGAAGAGGGAUCGACCCUACGUCUCGAGCGAGGAAAUCGACGGACCGGAGAAAGGGGGCGAGAUGGCCAAACGGGGAUUCCAGAGCUCCGAGCUCCAGACGGCCAUCGGCUUCGGAAAGAGAUUCCCGCGUCCGCGCGGGAAUCCCGCUCGUCUCCGCACCCCGUUUUCCCGGCCGGAUUCCCCCCCGCCGUCUGAUUCCCUGACGUGGUCCGAAGACGCUCCGAUCGGCUUCAGGCUCCUUAUUCUCGAGACGGGUCAUGGCCAAGGACUCGGACGACCCUUCGACGCUGCCGGAACCCGCCUCGCCGCCCUGCAAAGCAGACGCGGUGCGCCUCGUGCUCCGACGGAUACUGGAGAAGGGACCCAGGCGGACGGACGAGUCCGAGGCGUCGGGCGAGUGCCUCUGCCUCGGCGAUGCGAGCCAGGAGGAGGAGGGACCAGAGGAGGGCCUGUCGCCCCGGGAACUCCGGGAGGUCUUGGCGGACCGAGACCCAGGCGGACGGACGAGUCCGAGGCGUCGGGCGAGUGCCUCUGCCUCGGCGAUGCGAGCGAGGGGGAGGAGGGACCAGAGGAGGGCCUGUCGCCCCGGGAACUCCGGGAGGUCUUGGCGGACCGAGAGAUCGACUUCUUCUUCAAGGUUCUGGGCGUGGAUCUGAAGGAGGAGCUCCGGGCGAGGAGGCGUCGGGGUCCCGCGUCCCGCGUCUCUCUCGCGACCUCCGUCGAAAGGGCGAAGAAAAAGAAAGCCAAACCCCAUCGAGACGGUGCCGCGGCGACGACCGCGACCCGACCGUCUGCGUCGGACGAAUCUCUGCCCGCACCGGGGAGCAACGAGGAUCCCAGAGGCACCGUGCCACCCGACGACAAACAGGAACCGGCGCAGAGAUAUGAAAAACGACAGGAAUAG